GAAAUUUGAGGCAACAAUGAUGAAGAAAGAGGUGGAAACUCAGAUGAAAAAUGAAGUCCAAUUUGUAAAGUGUGAGUGUUGUGGAUUGACAGAGGAAUGUACAGAGGCGUACAUAGCGAGAAUUCGGGAAAGGAAUGAAGGGCGAUGGAUAUGCGGACUGUGUGCGGAGGCGGUGAAGGAUGAAAUGGUGAGAUCGAGAAGGAUUGGAAGAGAUGAAGCUUUCAAUCGACACAUGACAUUUUGCAAAAAGUUCAGAGCAAAGAGUCUGCCCCCCAAUCCGACGGGGGAAUUGAUAUCAGCAGUGAAGCGGUUGCUGCUGAAGAGCUUGGAUUCGCCGCAAUCUAAUCCGGUGAGUAGAGGAGGUUUGGUACGAUCGCAGAGUUGCUUUUCAGCUAUUGAUAGUUGAAUGAGAUGAUAUUGG